AUGUCAGUGAAAGAGGCCCUAUGUAUUGUGUCGAAAGUGUUCGAAGGGAACAAGAAGGAAUUAAGAGAAUUUAUCGAAAACGUAGAUGCAGCUUUUGAAUUAGUAAAGCCUGAGGAACACGAAACGUUAUUGAAGUUCGUGAAAGCAAAGAUAACCGGUGAGGCCAGGUCGAGAUUGCAGGUGCGUGAACGCACAGGUACGUGGCAAGAGGUGAAACACGUUUUAGAGGAAAAUUAUGCCAGUAAGCGUACUAUAGACUACUACGCAUGUAAAAUUUUCCAAGCCAGACAGGGACAAGGGGAACCGAUAGCAAUGUGGGCAAGUAGAAUUGAUGAAAUGCAGAGAGACUUUCGUGAAGCGGUAAAUAGAGUUACGGCCAGAGAAAACUUGAAAGGUGCAAUAGAACUAGUUGACUCUUUAGGAAGAGCGUGUUUUAUUCAGGGUUUAAGUAAUGACAGAAUACAAACCAUAGUGAGAAGUAGAGGCGAUGAAAUCACGUUGGCAGCAGCAGUGGAGUUGGCACUGCAGGAGGAGAGCGCGAUAUUGUCCAUGAGAGAGCGGGGACUAGCCCCGAGGGACCAGCAACCACAGAGCCUACCUAGACAGCACAAAAUGGAAGUGUCUAGUGCACACGGCCCAAAAGCCAGCUGA